AUGUCCCCGUUGAACCUCAACACAGUCCUGAAACCACCGCAUGUUACAUUCGACUCGCACGGGCCAUAUCACCGCUCGUCUGUACGCUCCGUGCUGGACUUCCUGGGCUCGGGGGAGCUAGAUUCGGUUUUUGACCAGAAACACCACCGCCGCCGACACAGCCAGGGGCAAUCGGUGUAUGAGGAGGACGUCAUCUUCCCGAACUUCACCGUCAGGGAGACCGCCGAGGCGUACUUCUUGGAAGGCGAUUUCCCGGGCAUCCGCAAUCCGAACGACAUCAGGAUCGAGAGGCUGGGCUCCCACGGCCUGCAUAUCGAGGCACAGGCGCCGGAACUAGACCUGUACCACGAAUGGGGCGACAUCUUCGGGGUCCGGCCUAGGAGGGAGGUGCGAUUUGAAAGCGGUGCCGAGCAAGGAACGACGACGGAAGGUUCUCCCAACCGGGAGCAUGAACACGGACACAAACACGACCACGCCGAAGCCAACGAAGGCGAAAAACCGCACGGCGACAAGGAGGGCAAAGGCGCCGCGAGACCCAACAAGGCGCGUCGGAGGGAAUCCUCCUCCCAUGCCGAGGACGACGAGCCCACGACGACAACGACGCUGCUCUCGGAACGGCACGCGGGCCGGCUCCUGCGGUCCUUCACCUUCCCGCAGACAGUAGACCUGGACGGGAUGAAGGCGCGGCUCAAGGACGGAGUGCUGCGGAUCGCGCUGCCCAAGGCGUCGGUCCAUGAGAGGCGGUCGAGCUAUAAGAUUGAAUACGGUGGGUGA